AGAGUCACUAUAGACCCAAGCCCCUCCCCCUGGCCUGCUUGCUGGCUUCUUAAAGGAAAGCCACGGAACUUCUGGCUUUCUGACUUUUCUGCGCUAGGAGAUGGUCCGAUCCUCCAAGGAGCUGAGGUGGAAUUAACCUCACCCAGACAACAGCCCUCCUGGCUGGUGAACCCGGAACCGUAAGAGUCUCUAUGGACAGCUGAAGGUUAAUAAGGAAGACGCACCUCAAAAUCCUUGGAGAAUGAACGGGUCAGAUGAGACCCCCGAGUCCUAUGACUAUGACCUCAUUAUCAUUGGAGGGGGCUCAGGAGGCCUGGCCGCUGCUAAGGAGGCCGCCAAAUAUGGCAAGAAAAUCAUGGUGUUGGAUUUCGUCACUCCGACUCCGCUUGGAAAUAGAUGGGGUCUCGGAGGGACGUGUGUGAACGUCGGCUGCAUACCCAAGAAACUCAUGCACCAGGCCGCUCUAUUGGGGCAGGCCUUGCGGGACUCCCGGACAUAUGGGUGGCAAUUUGAGGAAGAAGUCAAACAUAACUGGGAAAGGAUGACAGAAGCCGUCCAGAGCUACAUCGGCUCUCUGAACUGGGGUUACCGGGUAUCCCUGCGGGAGAACAAGGUCACCUACGAGAACGCUUAUGGAGAGUUUGUGGGCCCCCACAAGAUUAAGGCUACCAAUAACAAGGGCAAAGAAAAGUUCUAUACAGCGGAGAGGUUCCUCAUCGCCACUGGUGAAAGGCCGCGCUACCUGGGCAUCCCUGGAGACAAAGAAUAUUGCAUCAGCAGUGAUGACCUUUUCUCCUUGCCUUACUGCCCGGGAAAGACGCUGGUGGUUGGGGCUUCUUACGUAGCCCUAGAAUGUGCUGGGUUUCUGGCUGGCAUUGGUUUGGAUGUCACCGUGAUGGUUCGGUCCAUUCUCCUGAGAGGGUUUGACCAAGACAUGGCCAACAAAAUUGGGGACCACAUGGAGGAGCACGGCAUCAAAUUCAUCAAGCACUUUGUGCCUGUUAAGAUCGAGCAGAUUGAAGAAGGCAUGCCCGGCAAAAUCAGGGUGGUGGCUCAGUCCACCGAUGGCGAGGAGACCGUUGAGGGCGAGUACAAUACGGUGCUGCUGGCGAUAGGACGGGAUUCAUGCACAAGAAAAAUUGGAUUAGAAACAGUCGGGGUGAAGAUCAACGAAAAGACAGGGAAAAUACCUGUCACUGAUGAGGAACAGACUAAUGUACCUUACAUCUACGCCAUUGGUGACGUCUUAGAAGGCAAGCUGGAACUGACACCCGUUGCCAUCCAGGCUGGCAGACUGUUGGCUCGGCGACUUUACGGCGGUUCCAAUGUAAAGUGUGACUACGACAAUGUCCCCACCACUGUGUUCACCCCAAUGGAAUACGGGGCUUGUGGCCUCUCUGAAGAGAAAGCCAUUGAGAAAUUUGGAGAAGAAAACAUAGAGGUCUACCAUAGCUACUUUUGGCCACUGGAAUGGACCAUCCCAUCAAGAGAUAACAAUAAAUGCUAUGCCAAAAUCAUCUGCCAUGUCAAAGACAAUGAGCGUGUUGUGGGUUUCCACGUCCUGGGUCCAAAUGCAGGGGAAGUCACUCAGGGCUUCGCUGCGGCCCUCAAGUGUGGGUUGACCAAAGAGCAGCUGGACAACACCAUCGGAAUCCACCCAGUGUGUGCAGAGAUAUUCACGACGCUGUCCGUGACUAAACGCUCAGGGGGAAGCAUCCUGCAGGCAGGUUGCUGAGGUUAAGCCCCAGUGUUGUUGCUGCCGCCUUCGGCGACUCGGGAUCUCAUCGCGUUACUUCAUUUUCUCUGCUAGAGAAAAGCCUUAAGCGAAUCCACCGCCGAGUCUCUCCACAUCUCUCCUGACGCCAGAAGGGAGAGGAUGCUCGAAGCCUGGGACUCGUCCGUACGUCGUGGGGCCCGGAGAAGGCGGUUAGCAAAACACUGGGAUGAUCGAAGCUCACCUGGAACUGACGUCAAGUGGUGCAUCUGACAGAUGCGUUAAUGAAGUCAUUGCCUAAAGCCCGUCUCUCGAGGUGGGCAGUGACCGAAGAGCCACAUGCAUCAGUUUUAUCAAGACUCUUUUGCUUGGCUUUGUUUUAUUUUCAAUGAAGAAUGUCCUCCGGUCUAUUUCUCUGGGGGAACCAGAGAGUUGAGGCCACGGCCUCUGAGAAUGCCUGCUUCUGAAGCCUAGAUCGAUUAUCUAGGAGUCUCCCAGUGAGGCCCUUCCCCCUCUGCUCAUGGGCACGCGUGCCUCGGCAGACCUUCCAUCCGCAUAGGCAUGCCCUUCAAAGAGGAGACUGACUAGCUAGCUCUUUAUUCCAUCUGAGAAUGGAAAUGGCCAUUAAUAGCCUCUGCUUUUUCAUACAUUUCCUUAUCCAAUUGAAGGCACACGUGUCAUUUCUGAUUCUCUCUCCUCUUCCUCCCCCAAGUACCUUGCAGGAUGGUACUGUUGCUUACCCAAGUCCUUUUUAAGGAGUUGAGCUGACCUGCUGGGCUGGAGAUCAGAACCACAGAUCCUUUGCAGAGCUCCAAGGUAGCGCAGGUUUUAGAUUUGAGGGUGACUUCUUCGAGGAAAAGUGCAUCCACAGGUGCACUCUAGUGAAUGAUAGGGGGAAAGAAUUCAGAAUAUCUUCACUUGACCUAUUCCUUGAUCUUUUUGGGCAAGGUUGAGAGUGACAGCCUAAAACCAUCACAACUUGGUUUUCUUGUCAAGUAUCUAUUUAUGGGAACCCUCUGGAUGGGCCUCACUCAUAAGGAGAUGAGGCAGUCCAUCCACACUUGUGAUUUCCAUUCUUUUGGGUGAGACCCCUUUCUCACUUUUGGUUUCCUCUUUCUCACUUGCCUUUUUUUUUUUAAGGUAUUAUUCAUAUCAUAAAUUAUUUAAUUAUUUUUUUUAACCCACGGAUGGAUCUGAAGGAUUUUUCUAUUUCAUAAACACCAAAUCGUUUUGGCUCCUUUGUUGUGGGGUGAGGAAUGGGGAAGGAGUAUGUUAAACCGGCUGGAAUCUUGUACAGAGUCAUUUUCUCUUAGAUCUCCAGUUUAGAGGAAUUAGUGUUUCUAGGAGACAGGAUUGUGUUUAGGGCGCCUGUCUCAUUGAAGAAGUUCAAUGGAGAGUGGCUGUUAAGUGGGUCUCCAUAUCCCAGCGUGUAGAUAGCUUUGUGCCCACUUCCCCACCUGUAUGUAACUUGUCAUCUUCUCAGCUGGUGCACUGAGUAAUUGUUCCAAAGCCCCUGUCCAGAGAACCUCAGGAAAUGCCCUCCUUUGCUUGGACCUUCACACAACAGGGUCCCUGUUCACCUGCCUUUCUGAGUCCUCAGCCUGUUGGUUUAAACACACGGGCCCCUGGGUGGAAAAAUGGGAAGGUUCCCAGGACAGAAUCAGGAGGCCACGGUUCUACUGUUUCUGUGAUAAGAUUUCCCUACAUCUUCCUGUCUCUGGAAUUUGACAAAGGGAGAUGGGCAACAUGGAGGUCAUUGUGUUUUGAAGUUAAUCAUGUUCCCAUUCUCUCUCCUUGGUUGAAAAAAAACAAUGUUUUGUGUGUCCAGUCCCUGGUAAAAGAAGGAAUCUAAUCCAAAGAGUUGGCCUCAUUCAGUUUCUCCCCAAUUGGACUCUUUAUCAAACUAAAUGGUUUUUUUUGUUGUUGUUUAUGAGCAUUUUGGAAAAAAAAAAAACUUGAUAAUG